AUGACCAUCGAAAUCGCCAUCAUCGGCAGCGGCCUCAUCGGCACGCUGCUCGCGCUGGGCCUCCUCAACCGCAACUCCCCGCACCUCCGCAUCCAGGUCUACGAGCAGGCCGCGUGUCAUCGCGAGCUGGGGGCGGGGAUCGGCUUCACGCGGGCGGCGCGCCACUGUAUGAUGCGGCUGGACCCGCGGCUGGACGAGUGUCUGCGCGCGGUGGCGACCGAGAACGGCGAGCCGGACGACCCGGACUACAACAUGCGGUUCGUGGACGGCUACCACACGUACGUGGACGAUGACAGUCCUCAGCCCGUGGGGAUCGAGGGGAAAGUCUACAAGCUGUAUGCGGGGCCGCGGGGGUUCGAGGGGUGCCACCGGGCGCACUUCCUGGAGGAGAUCAUGAAGCUGAUGCCCGAGGGGGUGGUGCAGUUUGGCAAACGUUUGGAGCGGUACGAGUAUCUGGAGUCGAGGAGGAUCCAGCUGGUGUUUGGGGAUGGGAGUGUGAGAGAGCACACCACAGUCAUCGGCUGCGACGGCAUCAAAUCGCGCGUGCGCGACCUCAUGUUCCCCAACGCCGACCACCGGCCCCGCUACGCGCACCAGCUCGCCUACCGCGGGCUCAUCCCGAUGGACCAGGCGAUCGCGCAUCUGGGCCGCCACCGCGCCCUCCUCCAGCACAUGCACUGCGGGCCUCACGCCCACGUCCUGCACUUCCCCGUCGCCAACCAGAAGCUCCUGAAUGUGGUCGCGUUUGUCCCGGACCCCAAGGACUGGGACGUCCCCCCAACCCCAUCCCCAAAGCCCACCCAAACAACCCCAAAAGCCCACCUUCUAACAACCUUCAACCACUGGAUCCCCUUCCUCCGCACCCUCCUCACCCUCCUCCCGGACCACCUAACCCAAUGGCCGAUCUUCGACCUCUACGACCGACCCCCGCCCACCUACGCAAUCGCCCGAGUCUGUCUCGUCGGCGACGCAGCGCACGCCGCAUCCCCGCACCACGGGGCCGGGGCAGGCGUGGGGGUGGAAGACGCCCUCGCCCUCGUCACGGCGCUGGGGUGCGCGGAGGCGGAUAUCCUUUCGGGGAAACUGACGACCCCGCAGGCGCUGGAGGUGGCGUUCAAGGCGUACUCGGAUGUGCGGUAUAAGCGGUCACAGUGGGUGAUGCGGAGUAGUCGCGAGGUGUGUCGGGCGUAUGAGUGGGAGUUGUUUUCCGGAGAGGCCGGCGGGGAAGUGGCGGAGACGGGGAUGAUGGGCCGCGUGUUUGAGGAGAUUCGCCGGCGGACGAUGACGGUGUGGGGGUUGGAUGUGGAGGGGAUGGUCGGGGAGGUGCAGGGCCAGUAUUGGCGGGGAACAUGGGGAUAUUCUUGUUUUUGA